UUGAGCAGGCUCUUGGCACUGAAGCACCCUGGGCCUAGGGUGGGAGAAGAGAACCUAGGAUGGGUGUCUGGGCUCAGCUGGGGAUCCCAAUCACCGGCAUCAAAGAACACGGGGGGGGAACUCAGGCACCAACCUGGGCACAAAAAGAACCUCCCAGGAUGCCCCAAACCCUCCCACCUGCAAGAGCAACUCGAACAACAUGCAGACGCCGCCCAACAGUUUGUGGACCUUCUGGGUUUGCAAGGUCCUGCCUGGUUCUACUUCUAGCAGCCUACAUCUUGAGCUCUUGCUUCCUGUUUGCUCCUGUGAUGACGGCAGCAACAACAACAACUGUGGCUGUCGCUCCUCCUGCCACCACAGCUGGGGCUCCUGCAGCGACAGCUGGUGCUCCACCUACAACAGCUGCUGCUCCACCUGCAACAACUGGGGCUCCUCCUGCAGUGACCUCUAAGGCUACUCUUCCACCACCACCACCUCCAGUGACACCUAAGGCUACUCUUCCACCACCUCCACCUCCACCACCUCCUGCAGUGACACCUAAGGCUACUGUUCCUCCUCCUCCACCUCCACCACCGCCUCCUCCUCUUCCUCCUGCAGCAACAACAAAGGUUCCUACUGUUCCUCCUGGGUCACAAACUACGGGUGCCACAGUGACUGGUUCAGGAACCAUGCAAACUAUGCAAACUGAGGGUCCUGAUAUUCCUGAGGGGCCUGAUGAACCCGAGAGUCCCGGUGAUGAAAUUACUAUCGAUUUGGAACCAGUUACUCCAGAGAUCGGAAUGGACGUCACCCUAAUCCCAAAAGGGAUAGGCAGCUACGCCUCCUGCACUUGGUUUCGGGGGAGUAAGGAAAAGUCCAAGCAAAUCUUGACCUACAUACCACCACCCAAUUCCUCACUGGAGUACCAUUUUGCCUAUACUGGCAGGGAAUCUGUAAAUGCAGAAUGUGCCCUCCACAUAACGAAGCUAACUCCUCAAGAUGCCACCUUAUAUCUGCUGCAGGUGGAAGUACAAGGAGUUGGUGGUAAAGAAAUGAAAGAGGGAGAAAAAUCUGUGGUGUUCAAAGAGGCUAAACCUCCAGAAGAGGACGAAGACGAAGGGGCAAAAGCCAAAGGCCUUCCUCUGGGGAUCAUCGCAGCGAUUGCUAUUGGAAGUCUUUUUGGGAUCAUCUUAGCUGGAGGCCUGAUAACUUACCAAGUCAAAAGGAGCAAAGCUGUGCCACCAGUUGCAGAGGCGCCGCCACCGGUACCCACCCAGUCCCAACCACCGAAUAACGAAGGCCAGAAGGCUCUGGAGAAAAAGGGGGGUGAGAAGAAAAAAGGUCCAAAGAAAGGAGCACCCAAAGCCCAGAAGUAAAAGCAAAAAGAGUAAGAGAGAUCGUCCUGGUCAACAAUUUUGUCAGCCUUCCAGACUGGAGCAGCGUCAACCAUUUCCCCCACUCUGCCAAGAAGAGAAGCUCCGCUUGAAAUAUCUACUUGAAAUCUACUUGAAAAAUCACGAUGAAAUUAUUUAAGGCCCUUGUGAUUCACCCACAGCCCCUGGGGCAGAUAGAACAUUAUGUCCCCUGAGGCAAUAAAACCCUCCAAUGCCCA